AUGGCAUUCUUUUUCAGGACCAUUGACAACGGAAUCAAAUUAUUGUCAUUGGUGUCUAUCCCAGAAGUCACCGACGUUCACACUAUGAACAAGAUCACGUCCGACGAGCUUAAUCGUCUAGUCACUCACGAGGGUUCACCAGAGGCCUCACAACUGCUUGGACACCUACUUUCUGAAAUAUUCCAGCCUUUCACAGAACCUCUUCCCAAUGUAUGCGACCUUAAAAUACCUUUUGGAAAAAUCAUUCAUCGCAACAAUCACAUCAAUGAGAAAUUCAGCGAGACAUCACCAGAUACCCUAGUGCCACUGUACGACACUGAAGCGAAGACUUGGAAUUGGGCUCUUCCAGUCGACCCACCUGGAGAUGAUGAUAGCAGCCUUCUGGGUCAGGUUGAGUUGUCAGAGAGCAACAAUCCACAGGAAGCAACCCACAAAGAAAUUUUUGCAGCAUUUCUCAAUGCUCUGGUUGGCUGCUUUGCAGCGUCACAGCCCAAACUAGUAGCCAUGCGCUUUGCAACUAGCUCAUGGAGUGCAGCCAAUGCACAUAAGGCAUUGCCCGGCAGUGACAUCAAGUGCAAGCCAGAUAUCGUUCUAUCUGACAACAUAUCAGCAAAGUGGGGAAACAUCAGAGUCUCAGCUGAACUCACGCACAGUCGCUACCAGCCUGCGAUGCGACUUGGGAAGGCUGCAGAUACCCAUGCCUACCUUAUGAUGAGUGAGCAGCCCUGGAGGCGCUUUGCUCUCAUAUUAUCAUUCACAGACGAAUAUCGCCACCUAAGAGUCUUGAUGUAUGAUCACUCUGGUGGUGCUGUGUCCCCUCGCUUCAAUAUCUACACACAACCUGACAUAUUCUCGCAUAUCAUCGCGGCUAUUACUUUUGGGAGUCUGGAGUGUGUCGGCUAUGAUCCCACUGUUUCCUUCUCGAGGACUGUUGCAGUAUCCCAAAGCAAAGAUAUCUGCGUCUAUCGUCCCAUCAAAAAUGCUUCUGCCCGAUGUACUACGACAGAUAAUGCUGUUGCUGCAUCCACCUCCGAUUCUCUUUCAUUUUCCGAGGAUCCCGACGGAGUGUCAAGCAAUGCUCUUGAAUCAUCAAUCUCCGAUAACUCUGAUGAGUCUUCUAAUGACUCUACUCAUGACUCAAUGCAAGGGAAUCCGAGCGGCUCUCCCACACAUGACUCAAUGGAUGAAGGGUACUUCCCCGCCCCUCCCCCCCCAGUGCACCCCACUGCAACCCACAGCGGUCCCCUUGUUAGCCUCGCAUCCCAAGUACCCCAGGCUGAGAUGACCGAGAGCAUCUAUUCCGUUACCCCUCUCCCUUCCCAAUUCCCCUAUUCUACUCAAUCACCUGAACCCUGCGGCAAGAUCCACAUAGGGCAGACAAUCUACACCAUAAAGAGAAUUCUUUUUACAAGCCAGGGCCUCGUUGGUCGUGGCACCAUUUGCUACUUAGUCACCUUAGAUGAUGAAGACUGUAUCAUCAAAGACCAUUGGGUUGUGGAUAAGGAUGAUCGGGUAGUCCUGAACGAGAUCAAGAUGCUGGAGUUGAUGGAUGGUGUCCCUGGCAUUCCAAAGCUGGUAGAUUAUUGGAUCGUUGAACGGUCAGAUGGCAUGCCUGAUGUUACCAAAAAAUAUCGGAAAAAGGAAUGCCGGAGCACCCAGGGCACUAGUCGCACUCAUGUGCGUCCUGUCUUGAAGCCAUGUGGUCGCCCCCUUCACAUGUUCCGAACACUUAAGGAGUUUGUGCGAGCACUAAGAGAUAUUGUUAAGAUUCAACAAACUGCGGUGGAGGAACAUCAGAUUUUGCAUCAGGAUUGUAGUCUUAACAACGCAAUGAUCCUAGACGACAUUAGUGGCAGGGAAGGCUUUCUUAUUGACUGGGAGUUUGCGGUUUGCAUCGCUGCAGAUCAUAAAUAUCCCCUUGGUGGUACAGGCACGGUCCCUUUCAUGUCACGCGGGCUUCUUAACCAAGUCUCAGUCAUCCAGCAGGAAGCUGAGUUGGAAUCUCAGGAGAAAAAAGCGACUCGGGGACGCAAAUCAGUCGAAAAACUGAAAACCCCGAAAUCGUCCUCUGAUUCUAAAGCGCUACCUGUAUCAUACGUCCUUCAAACUUUUUCGGAUGACCUGGAGUCCCUUUUUUUUGUGUUCGCAUGGGCUUGCAUCAAGUUCUGUGGUCCCAACAGCAUGGUGCACAAGGAAUGCUCGCCCAAUUCAUUACUAAAUCAAUGGACCAACCUUGACCUGGGGUCAUGCGCCACCUUCAAGAUCACUUUUUUUGCGAAUCCGACAGAUGGAAAGCAUCUUAUAGACGAAUUUCACCCAUACUUCAACCCCCUGAUCCCCCUCACAAUAGAGUGGUGUAGAGUUCUGGUGGACAACAUGAUCCACCCCGUCACCUUUGACACCAUUCUUGGUGUACUCAACUCUCAUCUCGACAAGCUUCCUGACGACGAGGAGCUCGUAUCUACUGUGAACAUGUUCAUGAAUGAUGCUGUCAUUCUCACAUGUCGUGUCAAGGGCAAACAGAUUGCUUCAGAGUCUUUCUCUGUGGCAGCCACAACACCUAAGCAGCAAAAGUCUCGCCAUGGUGAUACCGAGUCCGACUCCUCAGCAUCAGGCAGUGACACAUGA